ACUUCAGCUGUGAGUAGUACUCCCAAUUAUCUUGUCAAUCAUGCUAGCUAUAUACAUAUUCUCUUCUGAGCUCCUACACCUGCAACAACCAUAUUAGAAAAAUACCUCUCCUUUCUCUUUGCCGGUUUCAUCACCUAACAAGGCCAGUCAUGGGUUUUCAGUCUUUCUACUUAUCUUGUUUCAUAAUAUUUCUUUCACUCCUAAACUCUGUCCAAUCCACAAGUAACCAGCAGUCUCAAUAUUUCACACUCAUGAAAAACUCUCUCUCAGGUAAGGCCUUGUCUUACUGGAAUUCCCAGUCAUAUUGUAACUACACUGGAGUCACCUGUAAUAUUCAAAACCAAGUCACAAAGGUGAAUAUUUCAGGGUGGUCACUCAAAGGCUCACUUCCAUCGAAUUUGUGCUCUUACCUGCCUGAGCUGCGUGUACUGGAUAUUAGUAACAACUCUAUUCAAGGCACUUUUCCAGACGGCAUCAUCAACUGCUCUUUCUUGGAAGUGCUUAAUAUGAGUUCCCUAAAUCUCAGUGGCAAACUUCCAAAUUUCUCACGCAUGAAAUCUCUUCGUGCGUUGGACUUGUCGUACAAUUUAUUUGAUGGUGAUUUCCCUAUGUCCAUCAUGAACCUCACCAAUAUUGAGGUGGUAAACUUUAACGAGAAUAGCAACCUCAACCGCUGGGAACUUCCAGAGAACAUUACACGAUUGACAAGGAUUAGGACACUGGUCUUGUCAACAACCAAGCUCCAGGGUCUAAUCUUACCAUCCAUAGGAAACAUGUCGUCUCUUGUUGAUCUUGAGCUCAGUGGAAACUACCUUCGAGGUUGGAUUCCACAUGAGCUAGGAAGGCUGAAGAAUCUCAAGUCCCUCAUGCUUUACUAUAAUGAGCUCACAGGUACCAUACCAGAAGAGUUGGGUAAUCUAACGGAGCUUACAGAUCUGGAUAUGUCAGUCAACAAAUUGACAGGAAGAAUACCAGAUUCAAUAUGUCGCCUUCCUAAACUCCGAGGCUUACAGAUUUACAACAACAGCCUUACGGGAGAAAUUCCAUCUGUCUUGGGGAACUCAAACACUUUGAGCUUCUUAUCUAUCUACUCCAACUUUCUGACGGGGGAAGUUCCCAAAAAUCUUGGCAAGUCAUCAACUAUGACUCUGUUAGACUUGUCAGAGAAUAAACUGACUGGCAAAUUGCCACCACAAAUCUGCAAUGGAGGUAAACUCGUCUACUUUCUAGUACUAUCUAAUAUGUUCACUGGAGAAAUACCUGAAACUUUUGCAAAGUGCACAUCACUUGUACGUUUUCGUGUUAGCAAUAACCAGUUAAAGGGCUCAGUACCACAAGGACUUUUUGGUCUUCCCCAUGUGGCAGUUAUUGAUUUGGCUUUCAAUCAAUUCACGGGUAAAAUAAGCCCAUUAAUUGGAUAUGCCAAAAACCUGUCAGAAUUCUUAGCUCAGAGCAACAAAUUAUCAGGGGCUCUGCCUCCUGAGAUCUCUGGAGCAGUCAGUUUAGUAAAAGUUGAUCUAAGCAAUAAUCUUCUAUCUGGCCCUAUACCUAGUGAAAUUGGUAACCUCAAGAAGCUAAAUCUUUUACUGUUAAGAAACAACAAGCUCAAUUCUUCCAUUCCAGAUUCACUAUCUGAACUAAAAUCACUUAAUCUCCUUGAUCUGUCAAGUAACCUCUUGACAGGAAACCUCCCUCAUAGUCUAUCUGAGUUAAUCCCCAAUUCUGUCAACUUCUCAAACAAUCAUCUUUAUGGUCCCAUUCCCUUGUCUCUUAUUAAAGAGGGUCUUGAAGACAGCUUCUUAGAAAAUCCAGGGCUCUGUGUGACAACAUAUACAUACUCAUCAGAUAGAAGCUUCCCACUUUGUCGACAGACUUGCACCAGGAAGAGACUGAACCUAAUGUGGGUAGUAGUGGCCUCGGUGUUUCUUCUCUUAGUUGGAGCUAUAUUGUUCCUUAAACAAUGGUCAAGAAAAGGAAAAUCUUUAAUAGGGAAUGAUGAGACCAUGUCAUCAUCUUUGUGCUCAUAUGAUGUGAAAAGCUUCCAUCGAAUAAGCUUUAAUCAGCGUGAGAUCUUAGAAGCAAUGGUUGACAAGAACAUAGUUGGUCAUGGAGGAUCAGGAACUGUGUAUAGAAUUGGGCUAAGCAAUGGGGAAAUUGUUGCAGUGAAAAAGCUAUGGAGUCGGAAAACAAAAGAUAAGGUCUCAGAAGACCAAGUGUUCCCAGACAAGGAACUAGAAACAGAAGUUGAGACUCUGGGAAAUAUACGGCACAAGAACAUCGUGAAGCUGUACUGCUAUUUGUCAAGUUUGGAUUGUAGCUUGCUGGUUUAUGAGUAUAUGCCAAAUGGAAAUCUCUGGGAUGCCCUACAUAAAGAAAAGAUGUUAUUGGACUGGCCAACUCGCCACCAAAUUGCCUUAGGAGUCGCCCAAGGUUUAGCCUACCUGCAUCAUGAUCUGCUUCCAUCAAUUGUACACAGAGACAUUAAGUCAUCCAAUAUACUCCUUGACGUUGAUUUCCAGCCUAAGGUUGCAGACUUUGGUGUGGCCAAGGUCUUGCAAGCCAUGAGUGGAAAUGAAUCAAGCAAUACUGUUAUUGCAGGCACUUACGGAUACAUGGACCCUGACUAUGCAAAUACAUCCAAGGCAACAACAAAGUGUGAUGUCUACAGCUUUGGGGUAGUUUUGAUGGAACUCGUCACAGGGAAGAAGCCAGUGGAGGCAGAGUUUGGUGAAAAUAAGAACAUCAUAAAUUGGGUUUCCACCAAAGUAGAAACAAAACAAGGAGCUAUGGAAGUCUUGGAUAAACAUGUUUCAGGUUCAUUCAGGGAUGAUAUGCUUCAAGUAAUCUGCAUGGCUAUUCGUUGUACAGCUAGGGCCCCAGUCCCACGCCCAACUAUGAAUGAAAUUGUACAGUUUCUAGGUGAGAUAGAACCGUGCAGAUUCGUUUCUUGCAAGUCGACCAACAACACCAAACACACAUUAAACCCCACAACAAUAAAUAAAACAUUUCAACUCUAGUUAAAACACAUCUAAGGUGAAGCAAUACAGCAUCUGUACAAAAAGUCGGAACAAUUUGACCUUUUUUGUUUCUUUUACGAUAAAAGUAGUAUGUAGAUUCUAAUUUAUUUAUUUUUGCCCAUCUUUCGUCCAUGUAAGAUAUGAGGAAUAUAAUCAAUAUGACUGCUUUAUAGCAAAGCAAGCAUCUGCAUUGCACAAACCAUAAAGGAAAAUAAAUCUUUAACUUUUAA